AUGACUUAUACAAUACAGCGCAACUCAACUACAAGUACAGGUAUACCAGGUGUAUAUUACUGUAACACUUCAGAUGUGUCAAUACAAACAGUACAAGUAGCAUCACAAGCUGAAAUAAAGCCAGAGAGUCAAACCAAGACAGUGAGUUGGGGAGAUGAUGUAACAUUGACAAUGACCACAUCAAAAACUGGAUUGAACUGGAAACAUAAUGGUUUGGAUAUAGAAGCAUGGAAUGGACAAAGUAGUAUUACUAUUACAUCAGCUAAACCAUCAGAUGCUGGAAUUUAUGAAUGUUAUACUACUGAACAGCAACGAGAAAAUGGAAAGAAUGGUUUUAUGAGACUUAUUGUUAGACGUUGUCCUAAUGGUAAAUAUGGUGAUACAUGUCUACUUAACUGUCCUACAUGUUAUAAUGGAGGUAUAUGUAAUUCAGACACUGGAGAAUGUAUAUGUCCACCAGGAUUUACAGAAGAUGACUGUAAUACAG